AUGAUUACUAAAGAAUUAUUACGUUUUGUAUUGGUAGACGAGAAAGUGAUGCUGGCUCACAUUCAUCAAUCGAGUCUUCUGGGAAGUCAGCGGUUUCGAGCAGCGCACAACGAGACGUCCCCGACAUCACUACGCACGCCCGCUCCACUGCCCCGACACCUGCUCAAAUUAAGCGGCACUCCUCAUUCACUCUCUGUCGAAAUAGCAGUUCUCUCCUACCCCCUUCUCUCAACACUGCCGCUCGUUCCCAACAGAAGUGUAAUUGUCGCUUUAUUUUGUCUCCACUUUUAUUUUACUAUCCCAACGCACAAGAAUACGGACAGUUGUCGAAAGAUCGGCAGUAACAACAGCCUUGUUGCUCAUACUGUGGCAGAGCGACGGGCUCGAGCAGAGGCGCUCGAGGUUGAGCGCAGACGUGCGCGUCGUGUCAAUCUUGAGGCCUCCGAGGCGGCUCUCGAGGCCGCUCGUCAACGUGCAUACAGCCUGCGUGCAGCACGCAGUUUGGAGCUGCGCAACCGUGAAGAGGAGCGACAUGCCAAGGUCUUUGCACGUCGAAAACUCCUUGAAGAGGAAAGAAGGGCAUACCUCAUUCGACGCAUCACAGACGCUAAAGCAAUCACAGAAGCAGGUGAUCAAUCACAUCGUUCGCGCUCUCUUAGGCAUUCAAGUCCCAAAGUUACAUCUCGAGGAUUCGCUUCUGAGCUGGAUCCCUCCGAUCCGCGCUAUUGCCCCUUUGGUUUUGGGAGCUGCACUCGACGCGAUGUCUGUCUACCUCCGAUGCAGCAGUCAGGUGGUGUUAGAAAGGCUGGCAGUUGCAGUGGUAGAGGAGGACUUCGACACACCCCAAUCUCCAAACUCUCCAUUUCAUUCACUGUGGAUUCUCAACGAGGGUUGUUAGCAAAUUCUGAUGCGUCAUUUACCGUCAAUCAGGCAGAGCUAAAUAAAACGUCUAAAGGUCGGAUCACCACCUCUACUCCUUCGAAGAAAAGACAAUUAGAAAGCGUAAACCUUAAGAACUUCACCAAUUCAAAUCGAAAUUCCGUUGCAAUACAAAAAAGUCCAAAUUGUGAGCUCUUUGGAAUUUAA